UUAAGUCUUAAUUACUAUAAGAAUAAAUGGCUAGAAGUCCAGCAAUAGGUAUUGAUUUGGGUACUAAGUACUCCUGUGUUGGUGUAUUUCAACAUGGAAAGGUUGAAAUCAUUGCAAACGAUCAAGGAAACCGAACAACGCCAAGUUAUGUUGCCUUUACAGAAGAUGGACGUCUUAUCGGCGAUGCUGCAAUAAACCAAGUAGCCAUAAAUCCUACCAACACAGUUUUUAAUUCGAAACGUUGGAUUGGCCGAAAGUUUAAGGAUGCCGAAGUUCAGUCUGACAUGAAACAUUGGCCUUACACUGUAAUCAAUGAUGGCUCACGUCCAAAAGUGGAAGUAGAAUAUAAAGGAGAGAAGAAACGCUUUUUCCCAGAAGAAAUAUCGUCAAUGGUACUGACAAAAUUGAAAGAGACUGCUGAAGCUUACCUUGGGCAAAAGGCUACAAAAGAUGCAGGUGUAAUUGCUGGUCUCAAUGUCCUCCGAAUCAUUAAUGAGCCAACAGCAGCCGCCAUUGCUUAUGGUUUCAAUAGAAAUGUUAGAUGUGAAAGGAAUAUAUUGGUUUUUGACUUGGGAGGUGGAACAUGCGAUGUAUCUGUUCUUAGCAUCGAAGAUGGUUUUUUUGAAGUAAAAUCAACAGCUGGGGACACUCAUCUUGGUGGGGAAGAGUUUGAUCAGUAUAUGGUUGAACAUUUCAUCAAGGAAUUCAAACGAAAACAUAAGAAAGACAUUUCUAGCAACAAGCGUGCGAUGAGGCGUUUACGCACACAAUGUGAAAGAGCCAAAAGAACUCUGUCGUCCAGUACACAGGCUAACGUAGAAAUUGAUUCACUCUUUGAAGGAAUUUAUUUCUGUACGAGUAUUACCCGUGGACGCUUCGAAGAACUUUGUGCAGAAAAAUUCCAAAGCACUCUAAAACCUGUAAAGAAUGCACUAAAAGACACUCGUUUAAACAAGAAUCAAAUUCAUGAAAUAAUUCUUGUUGGUGGUUCAACUCGUAUCCCCAAAAUUCAAAAAUUAUUGCAAGAAUUUUUUGGAGGAAAAGAGCUAAACAAGUCAGUCAACCCUGACGAAGCUGUCGCGUAUGGUGCUGCUGUCCAAGCUGCUUUCUUAUCAGGUAACAUAAGCAAAGAUAUUUUGCUCAUUGAUGUCACUUCACUUUCCCUUGGACUUGAAACUGCUGGUGGUGACAUGACAGCUAUCAUUCCAAGAAACACAAUCAUUCCAACAAAUACGACGAAGACGUUCUCUACUUACAAUGAUAAUCAAUCAGUUGUAGUAUUUCAAGUAUUUGAAGGUGAAGAUGCCAUGACGAAAGAUAAUAAUCUUCUUGGCAAAUUUGAACUGUCUAGUAUUCCUCCAGCUCCUCGAGGUGUCCCCCAUAUCGAUGUCACGUUUGAUAUCGAUGCCAACGGUAUUCUCAACGUGAGUGCAGUUGAGAAAAAUACCGGCAAAGAAAAUAAAAUAGCCAUUACUAACGACAAUAGAGGAUUAAACAAGGAAGAUAUCGAGAAAGCAGUUGCUGAAGCUAAGAAGUUCAUGGCUGAUGACAACAAAGAAAGGAGUCGUAUUCAAGCUAGAAAUUAUCUAGAAAGUUAUGCUUUCCAACUGAAACAAUCAGCAAAAGAAAUCUUGUAUAAAUGCAGAGAAGUUAUUGCCUGGUUGGAUUCAAAUGAAAAAGCUGAAGAAAAUGAAUAUAAAGCCAAACUAAAGGAGCUGCAAAAUAUGAUAAAUGAUGACUAACUUUUUUUUACCAAAAACUUUGUUCUAGCAUAAAUAAGAAUGAAUAUAUAUGAAUGGAUUGAUUUUUCUAAUGUCAGUGAGUUGCGUUUCUUAAAUGGGUUAUGCAAUGAGCAGCAGUUGCAAUGUACAUACGUAUUAUAAAUUUUUUUUUGCUUUUUCAUAAUAUUCUUUUGAUCUAUUCGUCAUUCAUAUUGCCAAAUAAAAUAGUAAAAUUUC